AAAAAAUCUCGCAUAAUAUGGCUCCACCUUUGGAAGAAGCCAGCAAAUGCAUAGAUAGAUCCCCAAAGUGAAAGUGAAUCACCGUUGGCCAUUGGCUGAGCAGAUGGUACAAUGGCCGUUGGCUUCAUGCUUUGCAACUUGAGGAGAAACGAUAAGAUCACAGUGGUACAAAGCAGAUUACAGUUGCACUAUGAAUACAACAAAAAUCACAGAACUGGGCGCUUUUGAGUUUUAGGGUACCUAAAUCAUACCUCAACAAAGAUGUUACGUUUCCUGAUUAGAGUCAUCUCAUCCCAUUAAUUUCAGAGACCACGGGCGGAGGGAGAGCCCCUGCUAUGUGGAGGAGGUGAUUCAGGGGAUGAUGGCAAGAUAAGAUUGGAUGAGUCUAAAAUGGGUCUGGCGCUCAAAUGGUUAGAUAGGGAGAACCAUGCUGGGAUCCCCUGAUUGGAGUCCUAAAAUGUUUAACCUUGCACUAAUGUUGCCUCUUUUGAUCUGCCGAGUGGGGACAUCGGUCGGCACUUUCCACAGUCGAUCUUUGGGAGGAGAGAAAGAAUCCCCUAAGCGGCGCCCACCACCUGCUGUUGUAGGUGCUCUCGCAGCUGGCCUGGUAGGAGGAGCUUAGCUGGGGGCUUUGAUAACUGGGACGAGUUGGCUUCCACCUGCUCUUUGCAUCCAGGGUAACGCGUCUGGCGGUUGCCUAGCAACGAGCCUGCCUCAGGCAGCAUGGAGACCAGAGACUCCAGCGCCAGCGAAAGAAAGACCGGGACCUUGAGCACCGCUGUGCACGAGCACCUUCGGAAGCUGUGUCUGCGUGAAUUCCCGUGUGGCACCGGGAGCUGGAAUAAGUCACGCUUUCUUCCUCAAAGAUGGCGAACCUGGAGGGAGUUGGUCCCCAAGGAGGAAGAGACAGUGAGCGCCCAGGAGGAGACUGUGGAGACCCUGCUGGGCUUGGUCCGCAGCACCCACUCUCCCUGGGUUUUGAUGAAGGACUCCAGUGCUGAGGACCGUUUCCUGAGAGAACUGGCCAUCCAGCAUCCGCUGAUGAUCAAAGACACUUUUUUCUACUCCUAUUUCCGGUCCCUGCGGGUAGUGGACAAGGGGGUGAGUCUGGUGGAUAAAGACCUCUUGAAAUUUCUAAAGCUGGAGGAGUUGAUUCUGAGUGCCAACGAAAUUGAGGACAUCGAUGCUAACAAUCUGCCCCCAACAUUGAAGGUGCUGGAGCUGUACGGCAACUUGAUCAGCAGCAUGGAGUGUCUGUGCUCACCCGCACCCCCGAACCUGCAGCACUUGGGGCUAGGCCACAACAAACUGCUGGGCCCUUUGCAGAGUCUGUAUGUCACCUCCAACAACUGGCCCAAACUCGUCUCCCUGGACCUGAGCUUCAACGACUUGACGGACCUGCAGAGCAUGCUAGGGGGGCUCAGCACCCUGCAGCACCUGAGGCUGCUAGUGCUGCAGGGGAACCCACUGGCCCUGGUGCCAUACUACCGUGGCUUUACCGUGGACAGCCUGACACACCUCUGCGUGCUGGAUGACAUCACCGUGUCCCCCAGCGAGAAGCACCAGUUUCGGGGACUCAGCAUUCACGGUGACAUGUUGGCAUGUGAGGCACAGUUUGUGGUGACCAUUGGAAAUGUCAGGGGGGUGAUGGACACCUCUAUCUUGGACCCGGAGCCGGGACCUGAUGGCCCCUUCAUCAGCUACAGCUAUUAUGUGACCUAUGACUUCGUGGAGGACGAGGAAGGCGAAAAGAAGGCCUUCGCCAGCGCGAUGGCCGAGAUGCAGCCUGACAGCGUUCUGGCUGAGCAGAUCGAGCCCUCCUCCAGCACGGUGCAGUUAGAUGAGGAGGGUCACGAGGAGGACCAACAGGAGGUUCUGUCGGUGGGCCGCCCCGCGGGGCCCCAGCGCCCAGCCCGCCAGGUCCGCCAGCCCCGCCAGGGUGGCCGUCAGAAGACGCGCCAAGAGUCUCCCAAGGACGUGUCCCAGGAGAUGUCUGAGUUUAUAGCUGAGAUGAAUCUGAUGGCCGAGGACUCCGGAGAGUCUGGGAUAACGGAUAUGGAGGAGUCGGAGACGACCAUUUCCAUCCGCUCCGCCCCCCUGCCGCAGUCCAUUGACUCUUCAGAAGAAUUGUCAAAGCUGCGGCCACGCAUAGAUGCACGGCUCUGUCCGUCCCCGGGGACGGUCCUCUUCAGCACCGUCCGAAAGCCCUGGACGGACGUCAUUCCUUGCAACUAUGAGAUGAAGCAUACCCUCAAGGAGCUGGUGCGGGUCAAGGCCUUCCUGCUGGCCGGGACCACCGUGACCAUCGUAGAGGAGAAGAUUCUCUCCUGGCCUGUGUUGCCAACCCCAGUCGAGAGUCCCUUGCCCGCCAAGAGUCUCUUGCCCGGCAAGAAGGAGAAAGAAGGCAAGAAGGAGAAAGAAGACAAGAAGCGGAAGGACGACAAGAAGCGGAAGGACGACAAGGGAAAAGGGAAAAAACAGAAGGCAGAGGAGGCGGCCAAGGUCGUGGAUAAAAAGGCGCCCAAGAAGAAAAAGGAGCCGCCCAGGGAACUGCGCCAGGACCCGCCGGUGCUGCGCGUGCUGGGCAGCGGCCUGGUGUACCUGGAGCCCUUGCUGGCGGGGGAGACAGUGGUGACCACCGUGUGUAAUUUUGGGGUGGUCCGCACCCUGGAGUCUGACAAGUUGACGAAUGCCAGGGAUUCAAAGAAGAUAAAGAAAGCUCCCAAAAAAGAAAAGUCAAAAACGGCAGUUCCAACCUUCGAAAGCGUGUACCAGCCGGAGCCUCUGACCGUGGAGGUCCAGAUCCAGCUGCAACAGUACCGCUCGGGGGAGGAAGCAUUCCUCAGCCUGGUGGACUAGCCGGGGAGAGUAAAGAAAGGCUGUUCUGCGGCCGGA